AUGGGGGCCGGGCUGCUGGGCGCCAUCCUGGGCCUGGUCCUGGUGCAGGUGGAGGUGGCCGUGCAGGACCUGGACCUGCAGAAGAUGGCGGGGUUCUGGCGGGAAGUCGGCGUGGCUUCCAACCAAAACCUGGCGCUGAAGACCCCGCGGCGGCCGGAGGCCUUGUUCCUGACCCUGCGCGGGGCCGAGCUGACUGUGAAGGCCGCGUACAACAGCUCAGGAAGUUGUGAGACAGAAAACAUAGUGGGCUCAGAGGUCGAUGUUUCGGGGAGAUUUGUUUUUCCUGGCCACAGGGAGAUCCAUGUGAUCGACACGGACUACGAGCGCUACGCCAUCCUGAGGCUGUCCCUCCACUGGCAGGGCAGGGCCUUCCACGUGCUCAAGUACUUCAGCCGGGCCCUGGAGCAGGACAAGGAAGUCCUGGACAAGUUCCACCUGGUGGCCAAGGACUAUGGGCUCUCCCCGAAGGACGUGCACCUGAACGCCUGGGACAACCUGGAGGAGAACAGGCUCCUGGUGCUGGACACCGACUACAAGAACUUCCUGUUUGUCUGUGUGGAGAGCAUACAAAAUUGA